AUGACCUCACACGCACAUUCUCUCAAACUGGACGACGUGGCCGGACUGAAUGAAAAUUCGAAGGCCUACUUGCAGCGACUAUCGGAAGCAUCCAUCCCGCGCACGCGCUAUCCCUCGUCAUCCACGGGCAAGCAUGCGGCUGUAAUGGUAGCGAUAUUUGUAGGGCGUCUCUCUGAUCUCCACGUCUUGUUAUCCCAACGGAGCCCGCUACUCAGCGCAUAUCCAUCCGAUACCUGUCUAAUAGGCGGCAAGCGCGACGAGCAAGAUAUUUUUCCAGAGGACACAGCUCGUCGUGAAGCGGAAGAGGAGGUAGGUUUGCCGCGUAGUGAUUUGCAGCGCGUGCGCUAUGUGGCCACGCUCCCGCCCCACCUCGCAUACUCGAACGCGUCGGCGCUGACAGUGUGGCCGGUAGUAUGUCUCAUUACCGAUAGGGCGUUGGUGCCGAUGUUGAAUGAGGAUGAGGUGCAGAGGCUGUUCUCUCAUCCCCUCCAAUCUUUCCUUUGUCACAAAGCAGACAGCCUUCUCCUACGGCUGAAGCACCUCGAGAGCCCGGACGAUAUCUAUCACUGGCACUUCGACGACAUAGACCCAGUCGCACCUUCUCACCACCUCCGCAAACACGUCUUCGAAACUGGUCGAAAUGGCGUCAAGCCGAUACUGGGAUUCACAGCACGUGUUAUGAUUCGUGUGGCCUCUAUAGCAUUCGACACUAUCCCGCAUUUUCGCAUCGAUGCGCCUGAUCAGAUACCCGAAAUUGAGCGCGUGACUAUGGCAAGCGGUGCGAAAGCGAGUUUGUGA